AAAAUAGCUUCACAAUCUCUCUUUCAAUGGAGUUCCUAAAACCCUAGCCAAGCCAAGGAGAUUCCCUAAAAACACAAAAUUGAAUUGAUCUCUCUCGAGCCGAGAGAAUGAGCGACGGUAACAUGGACGUCGACGAAUCAGAGCUUUCUUGGAAAGCAAAGUCCCUCGAGUCACUACUCGACGGUUCUUUCUCGUCGACUCUCUCGAGACUCUCAUCGUCUUCUCGUGUGAUUCCAACCAGUAAAGAUUUCCACUUUUACUACAACUUCGAAGAGUUCAAACGACCCAUCGACGAGAUAGCUGGAACCUCUCAGUCAAUCCUCGGGACGAUCGGUGACUCACAGCAAAUUUUGGGGAAAUCGAUGAUCUUUCCUGGGGAUAUCGAAGAAGACGAUGCCGAUGAUUGGCUCUGCAACGUGAACGACGAAUUUCUCGAGAGGUUUGAUGUUUCGGUUGAUGAGUUUCAGAGUUUACGAAAGAAAGAGGGGGAAAUCGGUAGGACAUUGGCUGCUCCUGCGCCUGAUUUUGAGGAGAAUGGGUUUCAAAUGGUUUAUGGGAGGAAGAAGAAACCGGUGAGUAAUGUAGUUCCUGGCUCUGUUAGGAACAGUGGUUCAUUUGUUGAUGUUAAGGUUGCUGAGAGAGAUAACAAGAACUCAUCUGGUAAGGCCAAAGUUCCUUUCCAUGUACCGACCAUAAAGAAGCCACAAGAAGAGUUUAACAUAUUGGUAAACAACGCUAAUCAGCCGUUUGAGCAUGUUUGGCUGGAGAGGAGCGAGGAUGGUCAGACGUGUCUGCAUCCUUUGGAGAAGCUUUCCGUGAGUGAUUUCAUUGACAACACCGUAAACGAGAUGGAACCUGUUAAGCCACUCCCAUUGGAAGAGACUCCAUUCAAGCUUGUUCAAGAAGUGAAAGAUUUGAAAGACUUGGCCGCUAAAUUGCGUACUGUUGAAGAGUUUGCGGUUGAUCUGGAGCAUAAUUCGUAUCGGUCUUUUCAAGGAUUGACAUGCUUGAUGCAAAUUUCAACCAGAACAGAGGAUUAUAUAGUUGAUACAUUCAAGCUCCGUGUUCACAUUGGUCCUUACCUAAGGGAGCUUUUCAAAGACCCUAAAAAGAGAAAGGUAAUGCAUGGAGCAGAUCGAGAUAUUGUUUGGCUUCAACGGGACUUUGGCAUAUAUGUCUGCAAUCUCUUUGACACAGGACAGGCCUCAAAGGUGCUAAAGUUGGAGAGAAAUAGUCUGGAGUUUCUUUUGCAGCAUUUUUGUGGAGUUACUGCAAAUAAAGAAUACCAAAAUGCGGACUGGAGAAUACGACCCCUGCCAGAGGAAAUGACAAGAUAUGCAAGAGAAGAUACCCACUAUCUCUUGUACAUAUACGAUGUAAUGAGACUAGAGCUGCAGAGAAUUGCAACCGGUGAAGAGCUUACUGACUCUCCUCUGCUUGAGGUUUACAAGCGCAGUUACGAUGUGUGCACACAACUAUAUGAGAAAGAACUUUUGACUGAGAAUUCAUACCUUCACGUAUAUGGGCUUCAGGCAGCGGGCUUCAAGGCAGCUCAACUUGCCAUUGUUGCGGGACUUUGUGAAUGGCGGGAUUAUGUUGCACGUGCAGAGGACGAGAGCACUGGUUAUGUUUUGCCGAACAAAGUUCUUCUUGAAAUAGCUAAGGAGAUGCCUGUUAGUGUUACCAAAUUGCGUCGGAUUUUGAAUUCAAAACAUCCUUAUAUCGAGCGUAAUGUUGAUUCGGUGGUCAGUAUCAUCAGGCAAUCAAUGCAAAAUUGUGCAGCAUUUGAGUCUGCUGCUCUAUCGUUAAAAGAUGCGUCUCUUGGAACUGUAACGGAUAUGAAUACUGGACCUAUUAUUGAGAGGAAAGACAAGUAUCUUCCCACAGAAGGCGUAGCUUCUCGGAGUUUGAAGGAAAAUUAUUUGCAUGUUGAGAAAAAUAGCACGGGCCAAAUCACAGUUGCAGCAGAUACUAGUGGAGGGAGAGGUUUAGGCACAGGCUUGUUUGGUUCAGCUAAGGUUCCUGCUACUGUUGUGAUCUCUAAGAAACCAAGCAGUGGUUUAGGAGCAUUAUUGGGAAGUGCAGCCUCGAAUAAGAAAUUUCGAACUGAUAAGAAUGUGAACGAAGAGGUGAAGCUCGAACAGAUAAGAUCAUCUGUAAACCUGCCCUUCCGUUCUUUUACUGACAUAAGUUCUGACUCAAAGCCAGCUACUAUGCCAACCUCUGUUUCCAAGCAAGAUGGUGUGACAGAGAUAAAUGAUGAUUCAGAAGAAGCCUCGGAGAUGGAUGGUGCUUCUACUAGAGUUUCAGAGUCAGAAGUCCCUGGUUUUGAGGAGGCAGAAGAUGUGAUACUGCUGGACAAUGAUGGUGCAAAGGACGUUGAUGAGGAGGAUGGACCAAUGUCUCUCUCGGAGCUGUCCACAAACUUUCAAAAGUGCUGUAACUCCAUGAAUAAGAGCAACAAGAAGUCCCAAAAGCCUGAGUUUUUAAACAUAGAGCCAUUUGAUUAUCAAGCUGCAAGGAAAGAGAGGAUAUUUGGGGAAGAACAAAAGGGAAGACAAGGAGUAAAGAAAGAAGCUGGUUCAGGUAAGAAGAAGGGGUCCGUUACAGAGCCAUCAGAGUUUGGACAAGGUAAACGGCGUCAAGCCUUUCCGGCAUCGGGGAACCGAAGUGCAACCUUCAAGAGUUAGGCUGCAGAAUUCUGCACUCUCAUUCGUACUCCAAUUGAAUGGGAUCAAAGCAUGAUCUGAACCAGGCAGUCAAUAUUGAUGUUUGAUUAAGUUAUUAUUCAUUUUUGUUGUGGUCAGUGGUGAUUUUUGGUUUUGAUCAUUUUCAUUUUGUCUACUAUAUAUAUGGGACCUCAGAGAUAGAAACUCUUUGAUUGGAAACAUCAAAAAGGAAUCAUAAUUCAAGUUAUGAACAAGUAUCACUCGUCCUCGUGUGGAAAUGGAGUAAAGCAAUCUCCCUCAUGUAUAAGAAUCUUUUUUCUUUUUCUUUCUGUCUUUGGUUUAUAGAAUCUUAUGUUGGAAAGGUGGG